UUUCUCUCCCUUUUGUCUUUUCAUCCAUCCUACCCACAACAAGUAACAAUCUUGUGCCUUGCCACGAUUUAAAAGAAUAUAAAAAAGAAAAUUAAACGGACAUCGCUCUCACUCUUCACGCCCAUUUUGUUAAAUAUAUAUUCAUCGAUAAUCCAUCUCUUCUCCCAUUCCUUCUUUCUUUUCUUUUUCUCUUUUUCUCUUUCUUUCUUUCUUUCUUUCUCUCUCUCUCUCUCUUUCUUUCUCUCUCUCUCUCAUUUGGUCAUUUCUUUUCAUCAUUGGCAGUAGUUCAUUCCAAGCCUAUCGUUUCUACUCCUUUACACUCUCUAUCAUCCAUUACACAUUAUCCACUAUCUUAUAAACCCUUUUUUUUUUGUUUUUUGUUUUCAGUAUUUCCGUAUCCGUGAAAAUCUUUUACUCGUUCCACAAACACAAAAUAAUUCAUCACAACAUGGAGUCACUCUGUCCGUCCUCUUCCUCGUCUGCAUCCGACUCUGAUCCCAUGGCGGAGGAAUUAAUGCAAAACCAACGCUUCAUUGAUCUACCAAUGGUCUCUUCUCCCUGUCCAGAAGCAUUGCUAUCCCUGGCUGCCGGAUCUGUCCUUUCCGUGCUCCAAUGUCCUCCACCUCCACCUGUGUUUCGCACCAGUGCUCUGUUUUGUAAAAGCCCUGCUUUAACGAGCUCUACAGAUGCUGCUAAUGGUGGUAACGAUGUUACAUCUCCGCCUUCUCCAUCUUGCUCUACCUCUUCAACUUCCUCUUGUUCUUCCACUACUUCAGAAGUCGUCGGAGAACAACGACCAAGUUUGAUUCAUUUCCUCAGAAAUAUCUGUGUCAAGGCUUCGGUAACAGAGCUGGCUCUUGUCAUCUCCUUAAUCUAUGUGGAUCGGCUCAAAAAGGCAUUGACAAACAUGGCACGAGGUGAUCCUGACACACCCUUCAAGAUUAUUUUAUCCGCCUUACUGGUUGUCAAAAAGUUUAUCGAGGAGGAUUGUGUCGGCCUCAAUCGAAUGUUCUCCAAAAUCACUGAUGGUCUCUAUUCAGUGCACGACAUCAAUAGAAUGGAGCGCUCUUUCCUUGGCCUGCUCAAAUUCAGCUUAUAUGUCACUGAAAAGGACGUUGUGAAUUUUAUUCAAUCUCAUCAGCAAGAACUUCAAGGUGUCGAGAUCCUCCAAAACAUGUUCAAGCCCGCCACAGCUGCUUAA